AUGCGUCUGGGCUUCGCUCUGACAACGCUUCGACGCGCUUCACAAUUUGCUGGCGUAAAGGAUCGUGUUAAAUAUGUACCACGUCGUGCCUUACUUUAUGUACCUGCUAGUAAUCAGAAGAUGCUUGAUAAAGUAGCAUCCAUACAGGCUGACUGUGUUGUACUGGAACUCGAAGAUGGAGUAGCAAUGACGUCGAAGGCAAUAGCGCGUCGGCAAGCGACUCAGGCUCUCGACAAGCUGAGUGGACAAAAACUGCGUUGCUUCGAGUUGGGUUUACGGGUGAAUUCUGUUGCAAGUGGCCUUUUGGAAGACGAUGUAAAGGAGGUAUGCAAGGCUGAACAUUUACCACAGGCGUUCAUGGUUCCAAAAGUAGAUUCUCCAGAAGAUGUGGCGACAAUCUAUGAUGUGUUCUGUUCGAACUACACAGCAAAACGAGUCACGGAUACUAAUACUCGCCUUGUAAUUUGGAUAGAAUCAGCACGUGCACUGCUUGAUAUGCCAGGGAUACUGUCUUCCACAUUGAAUCUUCACAAAAAAUCAGGGUUCUUCAAGUUGGACGCCGUUGUUUUUGGGUCAGAUGAUUACUGUGCCGAUAUAGGUAAGUCAAUGAAAAGCCGCAACUUCAGGUCAGAUUGCAAGGUUCUAUCUAGAAUAAAAUCUCAUCAUGAAAGUUUUGUAAACAAUAUGGUUUCGGGUGCUACACGUACAUCAGAAGGCAACGAAGUUCUUUAUGCUCGGCAACGAUUCGUGGCAUGCUGCAAGGCUUUCCAACUACAGGCGAUUGAUAGCGUGUACAUCGACAUUAAAAACCUCGAUGGUUUGCGGAAGCAAAGCGAAGAAGGUCGAGCAUGGGGAUUCACCGGAAAACAAACAAUCCAUCCAACUCAGAUACCAGUCGUUCAAGAAGCUUUCAUGCCAUCAGCGGAGAAGAUAGAGUGGGCGACAGAAUUAGUUCACGCCUUCAGUCAACAUCAGUCUGAAGGAAAGGGUGCGUUCCAGUUCCGAGGCCAGAUGAUAGAUCGACCACUACUUCUGCAAGCACUCAACAUAAUACAGCUUGUAGAAAGUGUUGGAGGAGGAAGUAAGGACUAG